CUGCCUGGUUCACUGUCUGAACGAUUCCAAAUUCCGAAUCGGUCCGCUGCAGAUUCCUUUCGAGGAAACCUGAAGGUGGAAAAAAGGGGAAAUUGGAUACCGAUGUCUACUCUCUGCAUUCUCUUCCAGUGACAUAAAUGGUUCUGAAUCUCCACGUCUUGGUGGGCGACGAAGUCAAAAUCUCCUGACGCGCAUGCGUAUCCUUUUCCCUCCUGUUCAACAUCCAAUCCUGCUAAGGAUCACACAUGCAGUGGCUGUGUCGCGAGGUUCCUUGCUACAUCAAGACAUGCAUCCGCUGCUGCGAGACAUAAGUGCGGACGGGGGCGCCCCUAGCGCUCCAGCUUCUUGCUUUCUUCCACAUUCGUCCUCUUCUCUUGUUUUCAACCUUUGCAAUUCUGCUCUUCUAUAUCUGCUCUUCUAUCUCCUUCCGUGGCUUUCACCUGCUCUAAACCUGUGCUUUUCCACAUCCUCAUGACUCCCCCGCUUUCUUCGAACAUACCCGACCUUACAGGAGCUUCCGUCGCCAGGGGACGAUACGAGCUCACGCGUCUCAUCGGAUGCGGAGCCUUCGGCAAAGUGUAUCAAGCACUCGAUACCUACGCCUGGCCUGCCGAACUGGUAGCGGUCAAGUGCCAACAGUAUCUCGAGUCAUCUACCCCGCUGGGCCAGCUGACCGACCUCGAAUUCGAUGCGCACGAGGCCCUCUCGCACGGCGACCGCAUCGUGGGCCUGCGGCACUUGUUCUUGAGCGACGACGGGGAGUUGCUCUUUUCCGUCAUGGACUACUGCCCCGGCGGCGAUCUCUCUGAGGCUGUCCACAACGGCUCGCUCGUGGGGAAGCCGCAGCUGGUCAAGAGGAUCAUGCGGCAGCUUCUCGACGGGGUCGAGUUCAUGCAUAAGAAGAGAAUCUAUCAUCGUGACCUCAAGCCCGAAAAUAUACUGGUGUCGUCGGAGAAGGACGACCCGGAGCUGGACAUCAAGAUUGCUGAUUUCGGAUUGGCGACACGCUGCAACUGGAAUGGUCAGUUUGGUACCGGCACCAAAGCCUACAUGAGUCCAGAGAAUGUAGACAAGAGUCUUGCUGACGGGACCUACAAGGCUGCGGACACCGAUCUCUGGGCCUGUGCAGUCAUCUUCGUCAUCUUCGCAACGAGCCACUUCCCCUGGGCCCGGGCGCACAAGCUGGACAAACGCUACGCCGAAUACCGCGAAGACCCCAACUACCUGCACGAGUCGCUCCACCUGACGCAGGAGACGUCCGACCUCGUUGACUGGUGCUUUACGGAGGAUCCAGCCGGACGACCGACCCUCGAUGCGUUCCGCCGCGAGCUUGACAAGAUCGACGAGUUCGUCACGGCAGUGGUCCGAAAACCCGACCCGAGUCCGUCCCAGUCUUCGCGUGCGGAAUCCGUCCCUGCGCCUCCCUCGCCCCCAUCGGUCCAACCAUCCUCGAUGAUCAUAUGCGACUGCUCCGGGGCCUGUCCUCCCGCUGUCCCUCCUCGGCCGCCGAUCCGCAUCGAUUGCGGUAUGGACGUCGUGCGGCUAUACGCGGACGACGUCUCGCUCGCCGACUCUCCGAUGGAAGACAGCUCGCAGAUGUACAGCCCGCUGUGCGACACGCCGGAUGUGUCGAUGCCGCCUUCGGACGGGUCGUCCUGCUCUCCCUCCCCGUCGACUUCGGCUAUCGUGACGCCACCGGAUUCGCACGCCAGCUUGGCUGUUUAUGGCGUAGUGAACGUCGCUCCUGGGAAGCAGCCCGUCUGCACAGCACUUCCUGAAGAGGCUGUGACGUUGCCGGAUUGGGGGCCUCGUCGGAUGAUGGCGCUGGGGUCGUGCGAGUUUCGGCUGUUCUAACUCGGCCUCGGCCGAGUCCGGGGGCGGGGAGGGGGACGAAGGAAAUUCAAAACCAAGACAUAAAACCAGGUAAUUCGUUGAGCAUCGUUUUCCGUCAUCGCUUUCGUUUGUCCUGUUUGGGAUCACCGCAGUCAGAGAGAGAGAGGGAGGAAUGGUGGCACGAUAUACUGACCCGACCCCGUGCUCUAGACAGGCGAUGGUUCUUUUGGGCUCUCUCGAUGGCUUGCGGUCUGGCAAACCCUCGUCCAUUCUGAGCAUGUCGGUGCUGAGACUUGCGGUCUGGUUAGCCCCUGUCUCGUGCCUGUUUUCGGACGGCACACCCGGGAAGCAGAUGAGCGGACUGGCAAUCCCUCGUCUCGCGCGGUCGGUCCGGAUACUCUACUCCUCGCGACGAGCAUCCUGCGCGGUGACGAUCGCGUGCGAUGCUCUUCUGGAUGUGGAUAUCCGUUCCAGGCGGGAUUUGGCAACUCCCGUCUCGGUGCAUCGCAUGGUGCAUAGGAUGGGUGUUUCGCGCGAUGACGAUUGCGUGGGAUGCCUUGACUGUGUGGCGUCCUCAGGCGGGAGCUGGCAACUCUCGUCUGGGUGCUUGCGAUGCGCUGAAACUCGGGGGCACCUGGUGAUGAUGAUGGCCUCAUGAGUGGGGUGCUGCGAUUUCGUGUGUGUCUCGGUGCUCGUGACAGACGGGAGCUGGCAUCUCUCGCUGCUGAAGACACUGCUGAUGUUAUGAGAUGGCGGUGCUCGAAGAGUGGAGAUGUUCUUGGGUGUCCGUUACUGACAGGGAGUGUUUGUUUCGUGUAGGAACUGGACGUCGACUUGAGACUGCAUCGACGUCGAUGGCCCAACAGUUUGUUUUAUGCUCUGUAUCUUACCAAGAAUUCGGCUAUGUAUCGCAUGAUAACUCAUCCUCGAUAGCUCUUGGCUCAUCGCCUAUUGCUUGAGACGACGACAUUAAUCUUCGUCCUCUGUAAGGGGAGACUUGGGGC